ACUCAGAACGGAGGGGGUUAGUGGCUUCGAAAACAGAGGCCCCCACCGGCGAAGGAGAGAGAUCGCGAAGAGAGAAAAGACGAAGAAGAGGCCGCGCCGGUCUAGAGAACAGAGAGGAAAAGAGAGGCUCGGCGGUGAUAGUGUUGCUGCUGUCAGUGAAGACGUAGCAGCUCGGCAACAAGAUGGCGACGCCGGAAAGAUCACCGGUAGGAUUCAUCCUCAGAGAUGGAAGAGAGGACCGGCGGCGUAGCAGAGCUGCAUAAGCUCUUGAACACGAAAAAACAACUAAGAAUCAAGGCCCCCUAAGGACAAAGCCAUCGAUUCAUGUAUUAUUCAGGGCUUUUUAGGAACUUUGUUUUAACGCUGAGUAAACACCACGUGUCCUCCUCCUCCGGCCUCGGUUGUUGCUCCGCCAUGUCAGUAACCCCACUCCCAUCACGGUUCAACCAGAGCAUGUUCAACAAUGUCGUUGCCUCCAACAAGCUCAUCGCCAAUUUCCUUCGAUUGGGUGACAUGGAUUCUGCUCUCCAAGUGUUUAAUAAUAUGACAGUGAAGAGCACCGUUACUUGGAACUCUAUCCUUGCUGGCUACGCCAAGAAUCUUGGGGAUUUUGAAGUUGUACGCCAAGUGUUUGAUAAAAUUCCUGAACCGAAUAGUGUGUCUUAUAAUAUCAUGCUGGCGUGUUAUUUGAACAAUUUUGGCAUCCACAGAGCCCGUGCUUACUUUGAUGUAAUGCCUGUGAAGGAUACGGCGUCUUGGAACACAAUGAUCUCAGGUUAUGCUCAGAUUGGAUUGAUGGGUGAGGCGCGCAUGAUGUUCUUGGCAAUGCCAGAGAAAAAUACUGUUUCAUGGAGUGCGAUGGUGUCGGGGUAUGUGGCUUGUGGAGACUUGGAUUCUGCAGUGGAGUACUUUUAUGCUGCAACUGUGAAGAGUGUGAUUACCUGGACUGCCAUGAUCACUGGGUACAUGAAAUUUGGCAGGGUUGAGUCUGCUGAGAAAUUAUUCCAAGAAAUGUCUCAGAAGACUUUGGUGACAUGGAAUGCUAUGAUAGCUGGAUAUGUUGAUAAUAGCAGGGCAGAAGAUGGGUUGAAGCUUUUCAAGACAAUGUUAGAGACUGGGGCCAAGCCUAAUGCUGUGAGCUUGACCAGUGUGUUGUUGGGUUGUAGUAACCUAUCAGCAUUGCAACUCGGUAGACAAGUUCAUCAGUUAGUUUGUAAAUCUCCAUUGAGUAGUGACACCACAGCCGGAACUUCAUUGGUUAGCAUGUAUUCCAAAUGCGGGGAACUGAAGGACGCGUCGAAAUUGUUUUUACAGAUCCAACGGAAAGACCUUGUAUCAUGGAACACAAUGAUUUCUGGUUAUGCACAACAUGGAGCUGGUGAAAAAGCUCUGGAGUUAUUUGAUGCAAUGAAAAAUGAUGGCAUGAAGCCAGAUUGGAUUACUUUUGUAGCAGUAUUUUUAGCUUGUAACCAUGCAGGAUUUGUAGAUCUUGGGGUCCAAUAUUUUGAUGCUAUGAUAAGGGAUUAUGGAAUUGAAGCUAGGCCAGAACACUAUGCUUGCAUGGUUGACCUUCUUGGUCGACGUGGAAGGUUAUCUGAGGCAAAAGACUUGAUAAAAAGUAUGCCGUUUAAGCCACAUCCUGCCAUCUUUGGAACGCUUUUGGGAGCCUGUAGGAUCCAUAAGAACCUAGAUCUGGCUGAGUUUGCUGCCAAGAAUCUGCUUGCGCUUGAUCCUAGUAGUGCAACUGGAUAUGUUCAAUUGGCCAAUAUUUAUGCAGCACAAAAUAGAUGGGAGCAUGUUGCUAGGAUUCGGAGAUCGAUGAAAGACAAUAAUGUAGUGAAGGCACCCGGAUAUAGUUGGAUUGAGAUAAAGAGUGUGGUGCAUGAGUUUCGGUCAAGCGACCGAUUGCACCCAGAAUUGGUUUCUAUACAUAAAAAACUAAAUGAAUUGGAGAAAAAAAUGAAGAUGGCUGGCUAUAUUCCGGAUCUUGAGUUUGCAUUGCAUGAUGUGGAAGAGGAGCUGAAAGAACAGCUUCUUCUAUGGCACAGUGAGAAAUUGGCAAUUGCAUUUGGACUUCUAAAGGUACCAUUAGGUGUUCCAAUCAGGGUAUUCAAGAACUUGAGAGUUUGUGGAGAUUGCCACACUGCAAUAAAGUACAUAUCAGCUAUAGAAGGAAGAGAAAUCAUUGUUAGGGAUACCACUAGGUUUCAUCAUUUCAAGGACGGGUCUUGCUCCUGCAGUGAUUACUGGUAAUCUUGCCAUUAUGCAACCAAAACAAUGCAAUUGAAUUCAGUCAAAGGACAUGUCUAUUUAAACCAGUUAGUUCAAUGAACUUCAUUAUACAUGCCAAGAACAAAAAGUUUCACCUUAAUGAAUUUUUUGUUUCCACGCCAAACUGCCUUUGUUCUCCUUCAUUCUCACGCCACUUCUUCCUUGUUCUCUUUCGUUUUCACCCCACUUCAUCUUCUUCCUCACCUUCGUCUACUCUCAUCGUUGCCGCUCACCAUCGUCUCGUGCGCUCACCAGUGUUGAAGAUGUGUAUGGCUAUGAUGGUGAUGAUGAACUACAAAGGCUAAUGGAGUCAGAGAAGGUGAUUGACUUCUCGUGUGGUCACUUGUCUGCUUGCUAGUCUUCUUGUUCUUUUAAUUUCCAGUUGGUUUUGGCUACCAGUAUCAACAAUCUCACUUUUUGCAUUAGCACUUAGCAGCUAGUAACGUUCAAAGAAAAUUGAAGGAAGCUUGGACCCUUCACCCUUCGGUGCGGUUCCUCUAAAAAUCAGAACCAAUCAAGAAGUAAAAUUGCUAAGAUGUGGACCCUUUGGUAUGCUUCCUCAAAAAAUUAUGUGUAGUCUUCUACAUUCUCAAUUGGUUUCUACAUAGUUCAUGAUUCCAGUAUCAUUGUAUCACAAUAAUUGUUACUCAUAACUGGAGCUUUACAAAUGAUAGUCACAAACCUGAGACAUAAGGCUUUCAUGUACAAAAAUAAACUUUAUGGCCAUGACUUGCUAUGACCAUCAUCACGGUGCAUGCACAUUAAUAUUUUGGCCAUAUCGUAGCUAGUGUGAGUGAGUUAUAUAGGACUCUAUCUAUAUCUAUAUAUGUAGCACUUGAAAGAUAUAUAACUAGCUUAAGUGUUCAUUUUGUGAACAUUAUGCCAAA